AUGGGCAGAUCAUCUCUGCUGAGGCGCAGAAAGCUCCAGCUUCUGCGACGCUGCCUCGUCCGCCUCAGACCGUCUGUCCCGGUCGGCUACCCACCGACUGACACGUUCCGCCCCAGUGAGCAGCCAUUCUCGUCCCGACUGAAUGGAAGGCUCGUCUUCUCGCUUCACCGGACACACAUGCCUUCAUCCGUGGCCGCUGUACUGGCAGCGAUCGCACCAAUUCACAUGCCCAACUCGCGCCAGCAAGGCGGAUGCACUUCUGCGGUGCCAACAGGGCUUCGGGCGAGAAAACCAAGAGGAAAAUCAGAAAUGUCGCCAAUAGGCAAUCCAGUACACAUUUCCCCAUCAUAA